GGUUAAACGAUUUUCUUUAAAGAACAGUAACUUAUACACGAAAGUAAAUAAUAAAGACCCGAAAAGGUGAACAGGAUGAUGACAUCAUCUAACCACGUACUGUAAUCUUACACCUCGUUUCACACUAGCUGUUUUGCAUGGUUUAUGGUUCUUGUGGCGUCGUUCUUGUUGUCGUCGUCCCCCACCGUGCUAUAAUGGUACAGCCCACUGUGUGGUUUGGACGCGGCUCUUGGGGAAGCGGAGCAGGAAUCUGAACUCGAGGAGAGUCUAAAAUGCGUCCAAAGCGCUGAGAUGAACAUCCGAAAAGAACACAGAAUUCAUCCAGGCUUCAAUGAAAAACUCCAAAGUUUCUGGAUACAUACGACAGCUAGCCAGCGACUAAAAGCUGAAGGUUUUUACAGACUGAAGGUGAAGCAGCGCGUUGGAGACGGAACUUUUUUUUUGCUUGAACAAUAAUGAGUGAAUUCAAUGGUGGAGCUGGAAACAGAAGAGGCUUCACGGCGGGUUUGUGGACAUAGCCGCUUGAUCAGGUUCCUAGGACCUCUGUGCUAUCUGCAAGUUGCUUCUGGCGAUUGUAACUACGUAAGACAAAAAAAAGUGGAAGGAAUGAAACAAAGUGUCCACCGGAAUUUCAAGCAGACAAAAGGUGUAGAAUUCGGACUCGUCUGAAUUUGUGCGAGCGUCACUUUCAGUUGCAGAAGUUACUUGUGUUGACAGCAGUGUAAAUGCGUGCAGAAAUGCGUGCAGGAGGAUCUGUGCUGAUACAGAAGGAGAAGCAGGUCAGGCGGCGCGUCUCCACUCCGUGCGUAUUGCUGUUCCUUACGUGCUUUGGCACUGCUGCGAAUCUGGAAUGUCCUCACAAAUGCGUGUGCACAGGAACAACAGUAGAGUGCAAUCGCCAGAACUUAACAUACAUCCCACAGCCGAUUCUACCCAACACAACGACCCUUAUCCUCACAGGUAACGUUAUAACCCGUCUAACCAAGAAGUCCUUUCCUGGACACCUGGACGUUUUGGCAGAACUUUAUCUAUCUGAUAACCGAAUAGAGCAAGUGGACCCUGGGGUGUUUGACAACAUGCCAAGGCUCCGUUUUCUUGACCUGAGCAACAAUAAUAUCUUGAAUUUCAGCGCUGAUGCUUUUCCAGAGAACAAUAUGCUCCAAGUCUUAAACCUGAGUAGAUCACUUUAUAAUUUAUCCUAUGCAGAUGUUUUUUGUAACCUUUUAAAGCAUGCCGUUCCUAAACUUUCCAAUCUCAUCCUGGCAAACAAUGACCUUGUCGUCCUUCCAGAUGACAUGCUCACCAGCUUAUCUCAUCUCACUACAUUGGACCUAAAAAACAAUUCAUUAAUUUCGAUUACUAAUGUGAAUUUUCAAAAAAAAACACUUAUUAGUUUGGACCUGCGGAACAACGCUCUUAAAGUGCUGUCUAAUGGGACGUUAAACGAGUUCAACCAGAUACCUGGGCUUCAGCUGUACUUGCUGGGAAACCCGUGGGUGUGUGACUGCAACAAUGAGGACAUGGUGAUGUGGUUACAGAGCUCAGAUAUUGUUGUGGACAAGCAGAACCUGACCUGCAUUCAGCCUGAUAAUCUGAGAAGCAACCAGCUCUUGCACUUGAAGCAUUCAGAGCUGCAGUGCAUCGACUCUGGAAACAUGGAGGCUACCCUUGAGACAUCGUAUGUCUUUUUGGGUAUGGUGUUGGCCCUCAUUGGGCUCAUAUUCCUGUUGGUCCUUUACCUGAACAGAAAAGGCAUUAAGAAAUGGAUAUAUAAUAUCCGUGAUGCAUGCAGGGACCACAUGGAGGGCUACCAUUACAGGUAUGAGAUCAACUCGGAUCCACGCCUGGCCAAUCUCAGUCUUAAUUCGGAUGUCUAAGAAGUUUUGCCGCUUAGUGGGACAUAGGGAAAGGUUUUUCCCAGAAAUUCGCACAGUGACUCAGCUCUACGUUUCCAUAGUUUUCACAACUUAUACUGUAAUUUGCAGUUUGCCAUGCCAGCUAGAUUAAUUGGCAUCUACUGCGGUACACUCCGCAUGCUAUGGUAUAGUGUGUCUUGUUUAGAUGUUGUUUAAUGCUUGCAUGACUCAAGAACUCAUAAAGGUACAUAAGUGCUUCUUUCUUCUAAAAGAAUUGUGCAUGUGAUAUUUUAGGACAAUGUGAAAUAUGAUGCAAGGAUCUAUAAUGGAUGCAAGUUGUGCAUAUUAUCUUGCUUGCAAAAUGAAUGAAAUGAAGAAUUAUUCAUGUCUUAAAUCUCAUUAAUGCUUGACUUUUUUCUGGAAUAACUCGUUACCAUGUUUGCAUGUGUUUAUAUACUUUUGGUUAUAAAAUCAUACUACUCACAUUUAAUUAUUACAGCUAUCCAUUUUUAUAUUCCAAAUUUGUUCCAUGGACAUGGCUCAACCUUUCUUAUGAAUAUGUUCUGCUGAAUAAAAAGGUCUUGCCUUGA